GUAGGCGGCGGCGGCAGCACAGAAGAGCUCGCGGCGGCGGCGGCGGCGGCGGCGCGGGCGGCGGAGCAAGGCUGCGCGCGCCGAACAUGGCUGAGAAGCAGAAACACGACGGGCGGGUGAAGAUCGGACACUACGUGCUGGGGGACACGCUGGGCGUUGGCACCUUCGGCAAAGUGAAGAUUGGAGAACAUCAAUUAACAGGCCAUAAGGUGGCAGUUAAAAUUUUAAAUAGACAGAAGAUUCGCAGUUUAGAUGUUGUUGGAAAAAUAAAACGAGAAAUUCAAAAUCUAAAACUCUUUCGUCAUCCUCAUAUUAUCAAACUAUACCAGGUGAUCAGCACUCCAACAGAUUUUUUUAUGGUAAUGGAAUAUGUGUCUGGUGGUGAAUUAUUUGACUACAUCUGUAAACAUGGACGGGUUGAAGAGAUGGAAGCCAGGCGCCUCUUUCAGCAGAUUCUGUCUGCCGUGGAUUACUGUCACAGGCAUAUGGUCGUUCAUCGAGACCUGAAACCAGAGAACGUGCUAUUGGAUGCACACAUGAAUGCCAAGAUAGCUGAUUUUGGAUUAUCUAAUAUGAUGUCAGAUGGUGAAUUUCUGCGAACUAGUUGUGGCUCCCCAAAUUAUGCAGCACCUGAAGUCAUCUCAGGCAGAUUGUAUGCAGGUCCUGAAGUUGAUAUCUGGAGCUGCGGUGUUAUUUUGUAUGCUCUUCUCUGUGGCACCCUCCCAUUUGAUGAUGAGCAUGUGCCUACGUUGUUUAAGAAGAUCCGAGGGGGUGUUUUUUAUAUCCCAGAAUAUCUCAAUCGUUCUGUGGCCACUCUCCUGAUGCAUAUGCUGCAGGUUGACCCCCUGAAACGAGCAACUAUCAAAGACAUAAGAGAGCAUGAAUGGUUUAAACAAGAUUUGCCCGGUUACUUAUUUCCUGAAGACCCCUCCUAUGAUGCUAACGUCAUUGAUGAUGAGGCUGUGAAAGAAGUGUGUGAAAAAUUUGAGUGUACAGAAUCAGAAGUAAUGAACAGUUUAUAUAGUGGUGACCCUCAAGACCAGCUUGCAGUGGCUUAUCAUCUUAUCAUUGACAAUCGGAGAAUAAUGAACCAAGCCAGUGAGUUCUACCUCGCCUCUAGUCCCCCAACUGGUUCUUUUAUGGAUGAUAGUGCCAUGCAUAUUCCCCCAGGCCUGAAACCUCAUCCAGAAAGGAUGCCACCUCUUGUAGCAGACAGCCCUAAAGCAAGAUGUCCAUUGGAUGCACUGAAUACAACGAAGCCCAAAUCUUUAGCUGUGAAAAAAGCCAAGUGGCAUCUUGGAAUCCGAAGUCAAAGCAAACCAUAUGACAUUAUGGCUGAAGUGUACCGAGCUAUGAAACAGCUGGAUUUUGAAUGGAAGGUAGUGAAUGCAUACCAUCUACGUGUAAGAAGAAGAAAUCCAGUGACUGGCAAUUAUGUGAAAAUGAGCUUACAGCUUUACUUGGUUGACAAUAGAAGCUAUCUUUUGGACUUUAAAAGCAUUGAUGAUGAGGUGAUGGAGCAGAGGUCUGGCUCCUCAACGCCCCAGCGGUCCUGCUCUGCUGCUGGCUUACACAGACCGCGAUCCAGUUUGGAUUCUGUAACUGCGGAGAGCCAUUCGCUCUCUGGCUCUCUCAUGGGCUCCUUGAUGGGAAGCACAUCGUCUUCAGUUACACCUCGCUUGGGCAGUCACACCAUGGAUUUUUUUGAAAUGUGUGCCAGUCUGAUCACUACCUUAGCCCGUUGAUGAUCUUUCCUUAGUUUCUAUCUUUCUGUUUUUGCACUGUGAAAAUCAGAUAUAUUCUUUAAAUUAUUGUUUUACUUAUGGAUAUCACAUAUUCUGCAGUACUGGUUGAGAGCUGUGACUAUCUCCAGGGGACGUUCAAUGCCAUUGAAAUGACUGAAAACGAAAAAGUCUGACAUUUUAUUUACUGUAGACAUCUGUAAUUCUGUUUUGCCUAUGAUAAAUUUACAUAGGUAAUAUCUUUAAUACGUGAACAUUGAUGAAGAUUAUUGUUAAUCUAAAAUUGUGGAUUCACUACAGAUGCUUAAUACACCUUUACUGGUGAACCAUCUCAGUCAAAGGGUGGUUUGGCAACAUCAUCUUGCUUUACUGUUUAGUGUAGAUAAAUCCAGUUUGCUUCCUAAAUUUCAGCAGGCUUCAAGCUGUGUUUAUGCACAAGAAGAUUAAAAAAUAGCCCAAACAUUAGUAAGAUAGUAAUUAAAUGUUGAAAUCUUAAGAACCAGCCCCCCAGAUUUCAGAAACCAAGUUCUGCUAGCAGUUUUUGCAAAUAUUGCCCAGUGUUCAACAGAAGGGCUGUGGUCCUGAAGCAGGUAACGGUCAUUUCCAGGUUCCUUAAAAACAGCUAUAACUAACUAGAGGUUUUAUCUUGAGAUUUUCCUGAAUAACAUAUUUAAGAGCCUUCAAGGUUCUACUCAGGACUGGAACAUCUGGAAUUACAACAACUUUUGUCUUUUUCAUAAACUUGUAUCAUUUUACAACAUGCCUUCAGAAUCUACGUUUCUCAAAUUCUUUUUCACUCUAUUUAUUUUUGUACUUCACCAAGCAUGGUAAAAUAGACAGUUAAAUGAAACAAAGCAAAAUGUCAACAGUCUCUUAAAGAGAACUCUUAUCUUUGAUCUCUUAUUGUGUGUGGUGGUGAGGAGUAUGUGUGUGUCCUGUUGCAUCCCAUAAUGCUAAUUAUUCAUCAGAAGUUUGUUACUGUAUUCACCCCCCUCCCUCACCUUCCCUAGUCACCUUUGUCUUUGUUUAUUGUUUGAUCCUUAGUGGCUGAUUGACUCAGCUUUGAAAUCUUUUCUGGUUCUCUUUCUUUGUUCUAUAUCUUGGUUUGCUAGCCAUCCAGUUUGAAACACUGUUCUGGCCCCUAAGGGCUUUUGUGUACUUCCAAAGCUUGGUAGGCUGUGACUUUCACUGUUGAACCUGGUAGGGCAGGGACGCCUUAAGCAUUCAAAAACUUCUCUCUUGAAUAAAUAUAUGUGUUGUUUACAUAUAUAUAUAU